AUGGAGGAGCUUCUGAAGCUGCCUGAGUUUUCAUGGGAGGAAAUACAAAAGCACAAAGAUGCACAGAGUUGCUGGUGUGUGUUCUACGGCCUCGUUUAUGACCUGACUAAGUUCAUGAAAUAUCACCCAGGAGGUCACCAUGUGAUUCUCGAAGCUGCAGGCAAAGACGCAACGGAAACCUUUGAAGACAUUGGGCACACCUUGGACGCUCGCAUGAUGGCUGAUAAAUAUAUCAUCGGCAGAGUCAAGGGAGAAACGAAUCUCCGCAAAUGCACCCCAGCAAAUAUAAAGGAAUCCGGCGCGAUGCCGUCGUCCACUGUGGCCAGGGCUGGCGCCUCAACGAGUCUGAUAGUGGUGAUGAUUGUUGUGGCCUUAAUUGGCAUUUGGGCUUAUUAUCAAUUUCAAGAUGACAAGAGCAGCUUAUAUCAGCAAAUCUCCACUGCGCCACAGCGCGCAAUCGAAUGA